AUGAUCCAGACAGUGAUGAGGAGGAUGAUGGUGCCAGCCUUGAUUGGGCCAGUUUCGGGCCUGAACAACAAUGAGGACGAGGAUAGCGAGGAGGACCUGAAGGGAAGCGACUCGGAGGGGGAGAAGGGGGACAGCUUGGCGAAGCUCGGUGGCUUGGAGGCAUUCACCCGAAGGAAGCCAGCGAAGGAAAAGAGGAAGGAAGAAUGUCUCUGGGAUCCACUAGCAGAUCUUGGGCCCAGAAAGAAACAGAAAGGGGGCGGGAACGCCCCCGUCGGUGCGAAGGCCAGUGUCCCCAACACGUCCGGGCGAGGCCAUGGACCAGCUGCUGGUUCUGUCGUCAUCCUCCAGGGCCUUUCCAAGGCGCCGCAGCUCAACGGCAGGACCGGCACCGUGGCGGCCUCCGUGGACGGCGCCACAGGUCGCUGUCAAGUUCUUCUGGCUGAUAACUCCGUGAAAAGCCUGAAGGUGGAGAAUCUUCGAGAGGUCUUGACGGGCGCAGUUGUCCGAUUAAAAGGCUUACAAGCCGCCCCUGAGCUGAACGGCAAGCUGGCAGAGUGUGGGGAGCUGGAACUGACCAGUCAAAGAUAUUCCGUCACACUCGCAGAUGGAAAGGAGACGAUCAAGAAGGUGAAGGAGCCAAACUUGGAGGUCGUCGGCCGCUACCUGCAGCCCAAGAAAUAUCUGUCGAUGGCAGAGAAGCCCUUCACGUGGAAGGUGGUCUUGCAGAAGGGCAAAGACUUGGAACAGCAGAGCUGGUCGGCUCGGUUGAAGAUCUUUGCUGAGUGUGGCCUACCACCUCCACGCUUCGUGGCAGGUAGUCAGCUGGUGGAUCCAAAGACGAUGAUCUGCCCGGCCACCACUGCCGCGGACCAGCUCCCAGUGACGGACGCUGGGCGCUUGGCAUGUCGCCUCCUGGCGGUUUCAACAGAGCGUGAUUUGUGCAUUCCUUCACCAACCAAAACAGAGGAGAUGCGGAGGCUACGGACCUUGGCCGAGGCGUUGCGACAACGAGAUGCAGAGACCCAGAGCUAUUUCUUGAUCCCUGGCCUUUGCACCGAGGUCCUGAGCUGCAUGCGCUCCUCCGCCUCCUUAGCCUGGCUCCUCUACCUGCAGCUCUGCCAGGCGGUGGUAUGUCUGGAGACUCCUCAUCAUGCUCACAAGGCUUGGAGCCGGCUGGAAGAGUUGGUGGCGACUCAGGUCCUGUCGCAGCCGGUCUAUCUGCUGGGAGGCUCCCUGGCGCUGAAGAACAAAGCUCCUGCAGAGAGCGAUGGAAGUUGGUUGCUGAGCGAUCGUGCAGAGGAAGUGAUAAUUGGAGCGCCCAGCGACGGCCAAGCGCUGCCCGCUGAGCGCGGCUUGCUGGAGCUGAUGUCAUGCGCACUUCCGGGAGGCUGGCGAAGUGGUGCCACGGUCACCUGCUACCGGCUGUAG